UGAAGUCGUCCCCUGUCCUUAUGAAUCUCACGCUUGCUGGUGUGUGUGCCAAAGCCGACCCGGUCGACACAAUCAACGACCCCAACGCGCCUUAUAUCCCAUCACUGACAACGCUUCGGUUGCGCAACGUCAAUCUCCUAUGCGGCUCAUUGAUGAAUUUUGUGUCAGAACGCUAUCCCCAACUUUUACAUCUUCACAUGAUUCGGUGCACAGGCCCUCAAAGCUUGCUUGCCCACGCAGGGGCCCGGUUCACUGUCGACCUUCCAUAUCAUCAUUUCAGGGCUCGCCGUCUCUCCGAGCCACGGUGAUCGCUUCAAUCAUGGCUGGAUCCUCUUAUUCUCCUCAACAACAACGACGCACUCUGUACGACAAUUACUAUCUCGUACCAGGUAUCUGGCCCACCUCCCUUCCACAACAAGAAGAUAAUAAUGGCCCAUCGAUGGAACUGGUAGUGGAUGAUUCAUCCGUUGUGAGCCCGAUCCCAGGUGAAAAGUUUGUCAAACUUAGUGGGGAACAAUGUGAACGUUCGCUUGGUUUCAAAGACUCGACAUUGUCGCGCAAGCGGAAGCGGCCCAACACAUCACCGGAUGAUGAUUCCCUUGUGCAGCGGUGCCGAAACGAGAUUGACGAAGCCGGUUAUUUGAACCGUUUCCUGUGGGAUCAGUACCGAAAGCGAUCUUUAAUGGAGCUAUUUUUGUUCGUGAUAGCAUUUGCUUACCAUCAUCACUGUUUUUGUCCAGUAUUACCAUCACAUUAUCCUCUGCAUUAGAAAAUUCCUCUAAGAUGCAGACUUAUUCGAUCUCUUUUGCGCAAAACCAGUCUAUAUAUAUCACACAUAUACCCUCUUAUUUCGCAUUCAUAAUUUGCUUUGGCUUUUCAAUAUGAAUAAAGAUGCCCAAAAGAGGCUGCAGUUAAUGCUAGGUAAAGAGCAGUUAGCGAACCAGCGACUCCUCGGGAUAAUUUUAGAUUCCGCGCAAAGGAAAAAAAAAGGUUUUUUCUUCUUUUGUUCGGUGACACUUUAAUAGAUCAUGGUAAGUUUCGCAAAAAGUGUGGAUCGUGGCCUUUGCAAUCUAAUUACGGCAUUAAUCCUUGUAGCCCAACAACAAACGACACACGUUAAAAAACGUCAAGAACCGCGAUGAACUGCAUCCAUAUUCACGGAAAGCAAGACAAUUGACUCGUAUUCAUUUACG